CGUCGGCGGAGCGCGGGCCGAGCGCGGGCCGGAGCGGGAGACGCAGCGCCAUGCCCACCAACUUCACCGUGGUGCCCGUGGAGGCGCGGGCGGACGGCGGCCAGGACGAGGCGGCCCAGGGGAGCGAGGGCACCGAGGCGCCGGGCCCCCCCGAGGGCGAGUCCGACUGCCAGAGCCCGGGAGAUGGAAACUCGCGAGAAAACAGCCCGUUUAUCAACCACGUGGAGGUGGAGCCCGAGAGCUUCUUUGAAGGAAAGAACAUGGCGCUGUUCGAGGAGGAGAUGGACAGCAAUCCCAUGGUGUCCUCCCUGCUCAACAAGCUGGCCAACUACACCAACCUGAGCCAGGGCGCCGCCGAGCACGAGGAGGACGAGGACAGCCGGCGGCGCGAGGUCAAGAGCCCGCGCAUGGGCACCUUCAUUGGCGUCUACCUGCCCUGCCUCCAGAACAUUCUUGGCGUGAUCCUCUUCCUGCGCCUGACGUGGAUCGUGGGGGCGGCUGGUGUCCUGGAGUCCUUCCUCAUCGUGUUCAUGUGUUGCACCUGCACGAUGCUGACCGCCAUCUCCAUGAGCGCCAUCGCCACCAAUGGUGUGGUCCCAGCCGGCGGCUCAUACUACAUGAUUUCGAGGUCUCUGGGGCCUGAGUUUGGAGGGGCCGUGGGCCUCUGCUUCUACCUGGGCACCACCUUCGCCGGGGCCAUGUAUAUCUUGGGGACCAUUGAGAUUUUUUUGACCUACAUCUCCCCCAGCGCAGCCAUCAUCCAGGCGGAGGCGGCGGGCGGCGAGGCCGCGGCCAUGCUGCACAACAUGCGUGUGUAUGGGACGUGCACGCUGGUGCUCAUGGCCAUGGUGGUCUUCGUGGGCGUCAAGUACGUCAACAAGCUGGCCCUGGUGUUCCUGGCCUGCGUGGUGCUGUCCAUCCUCGCCAUCUACGCCGGCGUCAUCAAGACCGCCUUCGACCCCCCAGACAUCCCGGUCUGCCUGCUGGGGAACCGCACCCUGUCGAGACGUGGCUUCGACGUCUGUGCCAAGGUCCACACCCUGAACAACAGCACGAUGCCCACGGCGCUCUGGGGCCUCUUCUGCAACAGCUCCAUGCCCAACGCCACCUGUGACGAGUACUUUGCCCAGAACAAUGUCACGGAGAUCCAGGGGAUCCCCGGCGUGGUCAGCGGCGUCUUCCUGGAUAACCUGUGGAGUGCGUAUGCAGACAAAGGGGCGUUUGUAGAGAGGAAGGGCACACCGUCGGUGCCCGUGCCAGAGGAGAGCAGGGCCAGUGGCCUGCCCUACGUCCUCACUGACAUCAUGACCUACUUCACCAUGCUGGUCGGGAUCUACUUCCCCUCUGUGACGGGUAUCAUGGCGGGCUCGAACCGGUCUGGGGACCUCAGGGAUGCCCAGAAGUCCAUCCCCACAGGGACCAUUUUGGCCAUCGUGACUACAUCUUUUAUCUACCUGUCCUGCAUCGUGCUCUUCGGGGCCUGCAUCGAAGGAGUGAUCUUACGAGAUAAGUUUGGGGAGGCCCUGCAGGGGAAGCUGGUCAUCGGCAUGCUGGCCUGGCCGUCGCCCUGGGUCAUCGUCAUCGGCUCCUUCUUCUCCACCUGCGGCGCGGGUCUGCAGAGCCUCACGGGUGCGCCGCGGCUGCUGCAGGCCAUCGCCCGCGACGGCAUCAUCCCCUUCCUGCGGGUGUUCGGUCACGGGAAGGCCAACGGGGAGCCCACGUGGGCCCUGCUGCUCACGGCCCUCAUCUGCGAGACCGGCAUCCUGAUUGCCUCCCUGGACAGCGUGGCCCCCAUCCUCUCCAUGUUUUUCCUGAUGUGCUACAUGUUUGUGAACCUGGCCUGCGCCGUGCAGACCCUGCUGCGGACGCCCAACUGGCGCCCACGGUUCAAGUACUACCACUGGGCGCUGUCCUUCCUGGGCAUGAGCCUGUGCCUCGCCCUGAUGUUCAUCUGCUCCUGGUACUACGCCCUGUUCGCCAUGCUCAUCGCCGGCUGCAUCUACAAGUACAUUGAGUACCGCGGGGCCGAGAAGGAGUGGGGUGACGGCAUCAGGGGGCUGUCACUAAACGCUGCCCGCUACGCCCUACUGCGCGUGGAGCACGGCCCUCCCCACACCAAGAACUGGCGGCCGCAGGUGCUGGUGAUGCUGAGCCUGGAUGAGGAACAGUGUGUGAAGCACCCUCGCCUGCUGUCCCUCACCACCCAGCUCAAGGCCGGCAAGGGCCUGACCAUCGUGGGCUCCGUGCUGGAGGGCACCUACCUGGACAAGCACGCCGAGGCCCAGCGGGCUGAGGAGAACAUCCGGUCUCUGAUGAGCACGGAGAAGACCAAGGGGUUCUGCCAGCUGGUGGUGUCGUCCAGCCUGCGCGACGGCAUGUCCCACCUGAUCCAGUCGGCUGGCCUGGGGGGCAUGAAGCACAACACGGUGCUCAUGGCCUGGCCCGAGUCCUGGAAGAGGGAGGACAACACCUUCUCCUGGAAGAACUUUGUCGAGACCGUCCGAGACACCACGGCGGCACAGCAGGCCCUGCUGGUGGCCAAGAACGUGGACCUGUUUCCGCAAAACCAGGAGCGCUUCAGUGACGGGGACAUCGACGUGUGGUGGGUCGUGCACGACGGGGGCCUGCUCAUGCUGCUGCCCUUCCUGCUGCGGCAGCACAAGGUGUGGAGGAAGUGCCGGAUGCGCAUCUUCACGGUGGCCCAGGUGGACGACAACAGCAUCCAGAUGAAGAAGGAUCUGCAGAUGUUCCUGUACCACCUGCGGAUCAGCGCGGAGGUGGAGGUGGUGGAGAUGGUGGAAAACGACAUCUCGGCUUUCACGUACGAGAAGACGCUGAUGAUGGAGCAGAGGUCCCAGAUGCUGAAGCAGAUGCAGCUGUCUAAGACGGAGCGGGAGAGAGAGGCCCAGCUCAUCCACGACAGGAACACCGCAUCCCGUUCCGUGGUGGCCACCAGGGCCCAGGCCCCGUCCACCCCGGACAAAGUGCAGAUGACCUGGACCAAGGAGAAGCUGAUCGCCGAGAAGUUUAAGAACAAGGAGCCGGGCGUGUCCGGAUUCAAAGAUCUCUUCAGCCUGAAGCCAGAAUGGGGCAACCUGAACCAUUCCAACGUGCGGCGGAUGCACACGGCCGUGAAGCUCAACGGUGUCGUCCUCAGCAGGUCCCGCGGCGCUCAGCUGGUCCUGCUCAACAUGCCGGGGCCCCCCCGAAACCGCCAGGGGGACGAGAACUACAUGGAGUUCCUGGAGGUCCUGACCGAGGGGCUCGACAGGGUCCUUCUGGUCAGGGGCAGCGGCCGGGAGGUGGUCACGAUCUACUCCUGAUGUGUGGCCACCCAGGAACACGCCGGGCUGGGCUCGCGGGGCCUCCUACAGAAGUUUCCAGAACGGCCCCACAGCACUCCUCCAGGCCAGGAGCCAGCACACGGCCGCCAGGGUUUCCUCGUGUGGAGGGGAGACGUGGACGCUCCAGGGGCCCGGGGACGUGGCCUCCGUGUCCUGACCUCCUGACCCCACGCUCUGGACCUCAGGCUCCAGACGUGGAUUCCUUGGCGGGAGCCACCUGGUCGUCAUGGUUACGCUUUAGUUCCGCCCCAUCCAAGGCGCCCACGGGAAAGCACGCUGGGACGAAGGUCACCUUCACGAGGGGCCUGUUCAGGAAGGUGGCCGAGGGCGGCGGGGUCUGGUCCGCCGCCUCAGCACCUGUCCCGGUCACGUCCCUGUUCGCGUUCCCAUCAGUUAAGUCCGAGAAGAGCCACCCACGCCUGCGCCCCUGGCUCAGCCGGGCAGCCUCGCUUGCACGCCCGCCCAGUGUGGGCACGCCUACGGAGGGGAACCCCGGGGAACGUGGGGUGGGGGGUCUCAGGUGUGCGUUCUGCGGGAGUUCGGCUCCAGGCUGGGGUGCAGCUGGGGCAGAGCUGGGUCCUGCGCGGGCGGCCGGGCCGGUUUCCGAGGCGCAGAGGUGGCGCCUGCUGAGGCUGCAUGCGGCCCCCCACCUGCAUGUGCCCACCCUUGACCUGGGUCGCACGCCCGCCCCCCAGGGAGGGGCUGGGGCGGCGGCACCGAGCUCUGUGUCCCCUCCCAGCGGGGGACGGGGACGGCCGGGCAGGGGGCUCGCGGGCCGCCUUUUGGGUCCAGACUUCACGCUCUGCCCGUGGCCUGUGCGCUCCGGUCCCGGUGGUGCCACCGCGGGCGGCUGCCCUGACCCGGGCCUGUUGUCUGGACAGUUUGCUUAUUUAUUUAGGUCCGUGGGGAGUUUCAGUGACAAGUAAGGUGGCCGUGAAGAAAUUGUCUCUGCGAACGAGCCCCAGGUGGCCAGGUCCUUGCCUUUCUCUGGCUUCCUUGGACCCUCGGUCCACGAUCUGAAGUCUGGCACGGGCUGGGCGUGUGUGCCGGGACGAGCCUGGGGCGCGCAGGGCGGCAGAGAGCCCGCGUCUCAUCGGAGGGACCACUGGCCAGAGCAUGUGCCAAACAGCCGCAGCUGGGCGUGGGGCGUCCACACCUGCCCGCCGUGGCUCUGCCCCAGGUUAGGCAGGGAGACUCCCCUGCGUGGCACUCGGGUGUGUGGUGGGGGCGUCCCGGAGGGCACCUGUGAAGCCACAGCGGCCUCCGUCCUGGCUGGGGAAGCGCCACCGUGUAGCAGGAGCGCCCGUGACCCUGAGCACACGUUCACGCGGCGGCGAUGUGAGCGAUGCGGCUGCAGGGGGAAGGCUCGGCUGCGCCUGUGCCCCUCGCGGCGCUGAACGUCGUGGAGCCCUAACCGAAGCCAUUCCGGGUUGGUUCCGUGGUUUUCUCUUACAGCUUCCUUUGUAUGAUUGUGUUGGUAGAAAAAUAAAUUGUAUAAAAUCAA